AUGAUCCAGAAUUCUUUAGCAAACUUAGACGUGAAGAUUCAGUUGGAGCCGCUUCGCUUCUUCAGUCUGUUUCCUUCCUUAUCCUUGCUUUCUCAGUCGCUCGCUAUCGCUCACUCCGAGGCAACAUCAGAAAACACCAGGCAACACUGAGCUGUUCGUGGUAGCGGCCUUAUGUAUCGCCUGAGCUGCGGUAGAACAUCUGAUUGGAUAUUUUUAAUUGCAGAACUGUCGAUCGUAGGUUGUCAUGCCGAGUGUUCUGCGAAUACUCUUUGUGGUAGUUCGGUAGAUUGUACACACGUAAGGAUCGUACAACGGACCGUAGGUGUAAGUCGGUACGUUGGUAUGUGGUACGUUGGACACUUGUCCAGUAGGGACGUUCUAGCAUUGUCGCUGGAGGUCGGGCUUACGGGUCAUUGUCGUGUUCGGUGCAUUGCUUUGUGUUCCGAGUGUGCAUCUAUCCGGAGGAGACGUUGGGAGCUGGGAGCAUCACGCUCGCCCCCUGUCCUCACUCCACUUUCCGACCUGUCUCUCCAUACCUGGGUCUCACUAAUACAAUAUUCUUCUCCAGAAGCCACUGAUUUACCAACUCGCUAUAGCGAAUCAGUCGACUGCUGUACGUUCCCCUGGACUGUGUUCGACGCGAGACUGUGAGGGCGGCUUGAUCAACCGACCUCAUCAUGGCUGAGGAGCGGAGUGACCCUGCGGCAAACCAUCAGGGUGACCCGCAGGGUGUUGGUGAGAGAAUGGGUUCCUUAGAGACGCAGAUGGCUAACUUACUGACGUUAGUUACGAACCAACAGCAGGUGCUUGCGUCGAUGGUUGAGACACAACAGAGGGAGGGAGUGGAGUCCUCUGGUUCGGGUGCUGCUCCGCGAGGCACCGGAGCAGAGUCUAGUGUGCAUCAAUCGGGUGCCACUGGUAGGACCGCGGGAAGUAUGGGAGGCGAUACCCUAGGCUUUGGCGUGUCCGGCAUGCGGGUUGGGAGUAGCAGUCUUGAAGACUCAGGCUUGAACCCCCAUGUAUCUGCUGCAAAUCGUUCCUCUGUUACUGCAGUAAACUUUGGUUCGGUUGGGAUUGGAAGUGGGACUUUCGGUAGUCAGUCUUUCAUUUUGGGAACUGGGAGUGGGGCUUUUUAGGUAGCCAGUCUUCCGUUCCACCCCCGCCUACUGCUGCAAGCGAAUGGUGGGGUAGUGUCGCCAGUGGAAAC